GCCAUGGAGUUCAACGGGGAAUCUCCUCUUCCUCCUUUCCUUUGGCCAGAGGGAGACUCUGACCUUUGCGCGUCUGCAGGAGAGAGAUCCCCAGUAUCCUUUCGGGACGUAGCCGUGUCCUUCACGGAGGAGGAAUGGGCUCUGCUGGAUCCAGGCCAAAGAAAACUCUACUGGGAAGUGAUGGAGGAAAAUUACCACACCGUGGCCUCCCUCGUUACAGAUAAAAGGCAGAUGGCAAGUAAGAAGGAACCAGGAAGGGUGAUUGUGGAAAGAGAGGAAGAUCUGCGUGUAGAAGCGAAAUCUGGAGAUAAAUUUGUACCAAAGAGACAAUGCAGAUGGGAAAAGGAAGCAAAGCAGAAACAGAGGGAGGAAUUGGUUGCCUCUGAGAGCAAGACAAUGCUGGAAGCCCCAACCGAAGAUGAAUUGCAGAUAAGAAAGAGAAGACAGAAGGGUCCCGUAAUUAAGAAGAGGUUCAGCUGCAAAUUCAAUCUGAAAAAAAAUCACAAUGUUACAGCAUGCCAGAAAAGCUAUAAAUGUUUGGAGUGUGGAAAGAGCUUCCACCGGAGUAGUGAACUAACUGCACAUCAGAAGGCUCACAGAGGGGAGAAGCCAUAUAAUUGCUUGGAGUGUGGAAAGAGCUUUUCUCAGACUGGCAGGCUAACUGUCCAUCAAAGGAUUCACACAGGGGAGAAGCCAUAUAAAUGCUUGGAGUGUGGAAAGAACUUUUCUCAGAAUGGCCACCUGACUGUGCAUCAAAGGAUUCACACAGGGGAGAAACCAUAUACAUGCUUGGAGUGUGGAAAGAAUUUUUCUCAGAAUGGUAUCCUAAUUGCACAUCAAAGGAUUCACACAGGGGAGAGGCCCUAUAAAUGCUUGGAGUGUGGAAAGACUUUUUCUCAAAAUUUCAGCCUAAUUAAACAUCAAAGGCUUCACAGAGGGGAGAAGCCACAUAAAUGCUUAGUGUGUGGAAACAGCUUCUCUUGGAGGAGGGAAUUAACUAGACAUCACAAGAGUCACAGAGGGGAGAAGCCAUAUAAAUGCUCAGAGUGUGGAAAGAGCUUCUGUCGAAAUGGUCACCUAACUGCGCAUCAAAGGAUUCAUACAGGGGAGAAACCGUAUAAAUGCUUGGAGUGUGGAAAGAGCUUUUCUCGGAAUGACAGCCUAAUUGUACAUCAAAGAAUUCAUACAGGGGUGAAGCCAUAUAAAUGCUUGGAGUGUGGAAAGAACUUUUUUCAGAAUAGCAACCUAAUUGUACAUCUAAGGAUUCACACAGGGGAGAAGCCACAUAAAUGCUUGGAGUGUGGAAAGUGCUUCUCUUGGAGGAGGGAACUCACCAAACAUCACAGGAUUCACACAGGGGAGAAGCCAUAUAAAUGCUUGGACUGUGAAAAGAGCUUUUCUCGGAAGGGCAACCUAACUGCACAUCUAAGGAUUCACACAGGGGAAAAGCCAUAUAAAUGCUUGGAAUGUGGAAAGAGCUUCUCUGACAUUGGUCCCCUAAGAGCACAUCAACGGAUUCACACAGGGGAGAAGCCAUAUAAAUGCUUGGAGUGUGGAAAGAGCUUUUCUCAGUAUGGCCACAUGACUGUGCAUCAAAGGAUUCACACAGGGGAGAAACCAUAUAAAUGCUUGGAGUGUGGAAAGAGCUUCUAUCGGAAUUGCCACCUGACUGCGCAUCAAAGGAUUCACAAAGGGGAGAAGCCAUAUAAAUGCUUGGAGUGUGGAAAGAGCUUCUCUCGGAAUGACCACUUGACUGCACAUAAAAGGAUUCACAAAGGGGAGAAACCAUAUAAAUGUUUUGUGUGUGAAAAGAGUUUUUCUCAGAAUGGCAACCUGACCAAACAUCAAAGGAUUCACAUAGGAGAGAAGCCAUAUACAUAUUCUUGGAGUAUGUAAAGAACUUCUCUGAGACUGGUCCCCUAAUUAAACCUCAAAGGAUUCACUAAGAGAAAGAGCUAUAUAAAUGCUUGGAGGGUUGAAAGAACUGUUCAUAGCUGCUGUCUUACCAUACACUACAAGAAAGCCAUCUCAUCACAGUUAGUUUUCUUCAAAUCAGUCUUGCAGCGUUCUGCACAUUAAGUCAAAAGGAAUACUGAAUACCACUUGGAUUUAUUCUUUUUCCCCGU